GGCUCGGGAGCGGGCGGUGACGGCGGCGGUGGCGGAGACAGCGGCUGGGCCCGGGCCCCGUGCGUCUGUCCGCACCCCGUGGAUGCGAAUCGGCCGCGGCGGCGGCGGCGGAGGAGGAGUCGGUGGGCCGGCGCCGGGCCGGUGGGAGCGCGGAGGAUGAGGCCGCUGCCGGGCGCUCCUGGCGUGGCGGCGGCCGCCGCGCUGUUACUGCUGCUGCUGCCCCGGGCCCGGGCGGACGAGCACGAACACACGUAUCAAGAUAAAGAGGAAGUUGUCUUAUGGAUGAAUACUGUUGGGCCCUAUCAUAAUCGCCAAGAAACAUAUAAGUACUUUUCACUUCCAUUUUGUGUGGGGUCAAAAAAAAGUAUCAGUCAUUACCAUGAAACUCUGGGAGAAGCACUUCAAGGAGUUGAAUUGGAAUUUAGUGGUCUGGACAUUAAAUUUAAAGAUGAUGUGAUGCCAGCCACUUACUGUGAAAUUGACUUAGAUAAAGAAAAGAGGGAUGCAUUUGUGUAUGCUAUCAAAAAUCACUACUGGUACCAGAUGUACAUAGAUGACUUACCAAUAUGGGGUAUUGUUGGUGAGGCAGAUGAAAAUGGAGAAGAUUACUAUCUUUGGACCUACAAGAAACUUGAAAUAGGUUUUAAUGGAAAUCGAAUUGUUGAUGUUAAUCUAACUAGUGAAGGAAAGGUGAAACUGGUUCCGAAUACUAAAAUCCAGAUGUCAUAUUCAGUAAAAUGGAAAAAGUCAGAUGUAAAAUUUGAAGAUCGAUUUGACAAAUACCUUGAUCCAUCCUUUUUUCAACACAGGAUUCAUUGGUUUUCAAUUUUCAAUUCCUUCAUGAUGGUGAUCUUCUUGGUGGGCUUAGUUUCAAUGAUUUUAAUGAGAACUUUAAGAAAAGAUUAUGCCCGGUACAGUAAAGAAGAAGAAAUGGAUGACAUGGAUAGAGACCUAGGAGAUGAAUACGGAUGGAAGCAGGUGCAUGGAGAUGUAUUUAGACCUUCAAGUCACCCACUGAUAUUUUCCUCUCUCAUUGGUUCUGGAUGUCAGAUAUUUGCUGUAUCUCUCAUUGUUAUUAUUGUUGCAAUGAUAGAAGAUUUAUAUACAGAGAGAGGAUCAAUGCUCAGUACAGCCAUAUUUGUCUAUGCUGCUACAUCUCCAGUGAAUGGUUAUUUUGGAGGAAGUCUGUAUGCUAGACAAGGAGGAAGGAGAUGGAUAAAGCAGAUGUUUAUUGGGGCAUUUCUUAUCCCAGCAAUGGUGUGUGGCACUGCCUUCUUCAUCAAUUUUAUAGCCAUUUAUUAUCAUGCUUCAAGAGCCAUUCCUUUUGGAACAAUGGUGGCCGUUUGUUGCAUCUGUUUUUUUGUUAUUCUUCCUCUAAAUCUUGUUGGUACAAUACUUGGCCGAAAUCUGUCAGGUCAGCCCAACUUUCCUUGUCGUGUCAAUGCAGUGCCUCGCCCUAUACCGGAGAAAAAAUGGUUUAUGGAGCCUGCAGUUAUUGUUUGCCUGGGAGGAAUUUUACCUUUUGGCUCAAUCUUUAUCGAAAUGUAUUUCAUCUUCACGUCUUUCUGGGCAUAUAAGAUCUAUUAUGUCUAUGGCUUCAUGAUGCUGGUGCUGGUCAUCCUGUGCAUUGUGACCGUCUGUGUGACCAUUGUGUGCACAUAUUUUCUACUAAAUGCAGAGGAUUAUAGGUGGCAAUGGACAAGUUUUCUUUCUGCUGCAUCAACUGCAAUCUAUGUUUACAUGUAUUCCUUUUACUACUAUUUUUUCAAAACAAAGAUGUAUGGCUUAUUUCAAACAUCAUUUUACUUUGGAUAUAUGGCGGUAUUUAGCACAGCCUUGGGGAUAAUGUGUGGAGCGAUUGGUUAUAUGGGAACAAGUGCCUUUGUCCGAAAAAUCUAUACUAAUGUGAAAAUUGACUAGAGACCCAAGAAAACCUGGAACUUCGGAUCAAUUUCUCUUUCAUAGGGGUGGAACUUGUACAGCAAAAAAAGCGCAAGAAGAGUUUUGGGCUUUUACACUGGGUACUUUGUGGGUCUCUCUUUCGUGGAUGGCUUAAAGUAACAUCUAUUUCCAUUGAUCCUAGGUUCUUACUGACUGCUUUCUCCAACUGUUCACAGCAAAUGCUUGGAUUUUAUGCAGUAGGCAUUACUACAGUACAUGGCUAAUCUUCCCAAAAACUAGCUCAUUAAAAAUGAAACAGACCAGCUCUCUUCAGUGAAGAGGACAGAUAGUUUAUUUAAAGCAUUUGUUCCAAUAAAAUAAAUAGAGGGAAACUUGGAUGCUAAAAUUACCUGAAUAGAAAUCUUCCUGGCACUUAGUGUUUCUGCGUUACUGAAAAUGAUGUUCCAGAGAGAUUACUUUUUUUCUUAUUUUUAUUGCCAUCGUCGACCUAUUGUGGGACAUUUUUAUAUAUUGAAUCUGGGUUCUUUUUGACUUGUUUUUGUUUUUCCCAAUUCAACUGCAUCUUUUUUAAAGAAAACAGGAUUAAAAAAUAUUAAAUCCUGCAUGUAAUAUAUCUGCUCUCAUCUUAGUUGGACCAACUUUCCGUUUAUUUAUCUUAAAACCAUCCAGUUACGUCUUAGUUCCAUCCAAAGAAGAUACAGUCCUAAGUUAGAGGUAUACUCUCUACAAUGCAAUUUACUGUACAGUUAGAAAGCAAAGUGUUAAAUGGAGAAGAUACUUGUUUUUAUUAAACAUUUUGUGAUUUAGAUAAACUGCAUUUUAACUGAAUGUCUAAAGUGAUUAUCUUUUUUUCCCCCCAAGUUAGUCUUACAUCUCUUUUUGGGUUUGAAUGAAGGCUUUACAUAAGAAAUUAUUAAAAACAAGGGGGGGUGGGUAAUAAAUGUAUAUAUAACAUUAAAUAAUGUAACGUAGGUAGAUUCCCAAAUGCAUUUGGAUGUACAGGUUGACUACGGAGUACUUUUUUUGAUGAUGAUUGGUGUAGAAAUGUGUGAAUUUGGGUGGCUUUUUUACAUCUUGCCUACCAUUGCAUGAAACACGGGGUUUUCUUCAACAUGUGUGUGUCAUACUUCUUUUGGGAGGGAGGGGGUGUUUUCUUCUGUUUCUUUUCUGAGACUCCUACAGGAGCUAAAUUUGUAAUUUAGAAACAUUUAAUUUUGUUAAUCCUGUCUGGGACUCUUAAGUAACAUCUAAAGCAUUACUGCUUUAGAAUGUUCAAAUAAAAUUUCCUGACCAAA